UCCCGGAACGCAGCGGCCGCCGUUUCGCUUUCUCCUGUUUCGGUUUCCCCGCCGAGCCGGGCCGGGCCGGGCCCUCCCCUCUCCUCCCCUCCCAGUGCCCCCGCGGCGGAGGCGCCGGGCCGGGCCGUGCUUGGCAGGCAGCCGCCCCGCAGGGCCCCGCACGCCGCCCGGACACCCACCUCGGCGGAGCGACAGCCAUGGCCACAGGACAAGCUGCUAAAUCAGCCAGGAGAGUUGUGGUCGCUGGCGUUCCAGACGGGCUCCUGCACAAUGAUGUCAUGGCUGACAUACUGAUGAUCCAUUUCCAAAUGUCAAAGAACAACGGUGGAGAUGUGGAAGAAGUAAUGUAUCCAACAGAGGAAAAAGGAGUUGCAUAUGUAACUUUUGAAGAUCCAGAAGUUGUAGAGAGUGUUCUAAGGAAGGAUGAACAUCGACUGGAAGACAAGAGGCUGUCCAGAUGCUACCCACUGAGAGUAACCCGUUACUGUGAAAACGUCUUCAGCUGUGUCACUUCUGUCCUCAACAUGUCAGUUUUCAAAGAUCAGUUUGUUUUAGAAGAUCUGAUACAGGAAAUUAAGAAGAAGAGCACAGCUUUGAGCUUUGGUCCUUUGCAGCCCAACGGGCACAUUUCCGUUCAAGGGUCAUUUCCAGCAAUCAAGUUACUAAGAGACUUUCUCUUACUAAAAGCAUCAUCCCUUUCAGAGGAGGACAAGAGAGAAGAAAGUAAAUCCCACCAGAGACCAAGGAGGAGGCUGCAGCAACACAGACUGACCACGCAGACACAUAAUUUCGUUCGUGGUGCAGAUGGGGACAAAGAAGUGGUGGUUCUUGACAAAGAUAUAUAUCACUACAUGAAGCACUUUGAUCCCGAGAUGUCCCUGCUAAAGGAUGACGUCGUAAUUUCUGCCUUCACUGAUGGUGAUGUAACUACAGUCUGCAUUGAGAAUGCUGGCAGUAGCUCUGGUGCUGGGCAGGUGUUGAGAGUCAAAGAGAAAAUUGAAAGCUGCUCCCUGAAACUCCAUGACAUGUUACGUAAAGAAAGGAUCAGCUUUGAGGAGCAGAGCUGGGCUGCAAAGCAGAAAUACAAAUCCGUGUGUGAGGGUCUGAAACCCCGGUACCCUUUUGUUCUGGUUGUUGCUUGUGAUACUCACAUUGACGUUAUAGGAGAUUCUUCUGACGUUUUCCAGUUCACAAAGGAAGUGAGCAGCAGGAUUCAGAGCCUGGUAGAAAGUAGGCAGGUAGAAAGUUAGUGUUUGUGUUUUGUUACACACCACGCUUCCAGGUACAAGCUGUGCUCUGUGUCGCCUUUCUCCUGCUCACAGGUUGGAGGUUCUAUACCUGAACAUUCCCCUCAAAUACCAAAUCAAGUUCAGAACAGGAAACAAGUAAUCUCUGUAUCUCUUGUGAGCUUAGAGUCUGAAGAAGUUAGGCCUCUCUUGUCCAGAUGCAGCCACUUUUUCCCUGUUGUUACCUGCAGUCUGGGCACGUGCACACUCAUUCCGUCUCGCUGUCAGGAAGCGUAUGAUGAGGAAAGAAAGUGUUUUACAGCGUUCUCAUGAGUGUGAGAACUCAGACUGACAGUGCUGGGGGAGGCAACCUGAUAGGAAAUAAUGCACUGAAGAUGAGUUGCGUUUCUUUGUGCAAGGAGAUGACCGUGGAAGGCAGGAGUGGUGGCCUUUUUGUGUUGCCUCUAUCUGCAGAAGGGAGUUAUUGUCAUUGAGAUGCACAAAGGCAGUAGAGCUUUGACACGAGAGGGGGUGGAGUGCUGACUGAGUUGACAGGCUUGUCACCUUCUGAGAAAGACCUUAGAAAAUGGCAUUGGAAGUUCAUGACAGUAGAAAAUGAUAGAAUCACAGUAUGGUGGGGGUUGGAAGGGACCUUUAGAGCUCAUCCAGUCCAACCCCCCUGCCAAAGCAGGUUCACCUAGAACAUUCAUGACAUGACAUUCAUGUGGGAGUGUGUCCAGACCAUUUUCUUUUCAUAGGAGCAAUAAAGUGAGGGUUUUUUUUUUCCCCAGCUAUAACAGCAUCUACAUCAUCCCUUGACAGCAUGUUAUUUGGCCAUUAAAGUAUAUCUGAAGCUUUGAUGUGAAGGUGUUGGGGCAUUUAGACUCACGAAUCAGAUCCUGUUUAUGCCUUUCUGUAUCCAUGACAAAAGUCCCAACAGUUUAGACUUUUUCUAGAACCAAUUUAGAAAAGAACUUUUAUUUGAGUGAUUCCAGUGUGCCCAGAACACUUUGUCCAGGCUUAUAGAGCACUGGCUCUUCUAUGUGCAGUAAGAGGUUUCAGUUUUUAUGCCAUUAAAGAAAUGCAUUACACAAAA